AAAAGUUCGUUCACUCGCCGUUCAAUGAAACUUUCAUGUCUGUGCAUGAUCAUUGCUGUCGUAACUCGCUUCCUUAGCCGGAAUCGUCAUCAAUUCAUCGACGAGCCCGGCGAGCGCUCUUUUUUCUGAAGAAGAAGAAGCUGCCAUCGUCAUCUUUCGCUUCCGAAAACGUUUGAAAAGAUUUAUUUGCAGCAACAUGUCUGUCGCACGAUGCGCUCGUUUGUUUCCCUCAUCGAAGAACGCGUUAUUAAUGAACCAGAGAGUAACACAUAGGGAUCUUAGUACCAUCAGGCUGUUAUCCACAAUUUCGAAGAUGCAGCCACCAAUGCCUAGGGAUGUCCAUAUAAUAUCCAAGCACCGUACGUCUACGGAAACUUUACAACCAAAGAUAGGAUUUUUUGCAAGAAUAUUGAAAAAAACUGGUAUUCUAGACGUCCAGAAAUAUAGAAAUAUGGAUAUGGGUUAUGAGGUAUACGAACAUGUAGUUAGUCAAGUGGAUUAUCCUUUCUUCUUUAAAUAUUUUAAUAUGCCAGAUACAUUCUUCACUUGGUUUCUGGUGACAGAGCUUCAUGUCUGGAUGAUAAUGAUUCGCUACAUGGCAGAUGAGAAGGAUGGAAAAGCUAUCAGAAAUUAUGCAGUAGCAGCAAUGUGGCAGGACACACAAGCCAGGAUAGAAAAUCUCGGUCUAAUCAAAACCAAACUCAAAAAUAAACAAAUACAAGAAAUAUCACAUCAAUUCAAUGCUGCUAUAAUAGGUUACGACGAGGGCAUACAAUCUGAUGACAAAGUAUUAGCAGGAGCAUUAUGGAGACGAUUCUUUCAGUUAGAAUGCAACAAUCCGGAACACGUUGAAACACUUCUAAUUUAUGUUAGGAAACAGAUUUGUUUGUUUGACAGUUUACCAAAUGAUGAAAUUUUAAGAAAACCUAUUUUAAAAUUAAUAGACAUAAAAAGUUUAUGUAAGCAUCAACAAUAAUUAUAAUUAUC